AUGAAGAGAGAAGAUGAGAUGCAGAUGCAGAAAUGGGAGGAGAGGAAGAUGCGUUCUGGUCUUCAAGGAAUUCGAUCAGUUAGGGACUCUCUAAAUGAGGCGUUGAAGGCCAUCAGUGUUAGCACAGAGCUGAUUGAAGAAGAGCUAAAGCCUCAUCUGGACACGGUGCUGACGGCUCUGCUGGAGAAGAAGAAGGAUGCAGCUGUGGAGAUUGUCAGAAGUGGGAUCCUGCCCACACUGGCCCAGGCCUUACAGGGCAGAGGCAAUCUGAGCUGCCAGGUGGCUCUGCUGGUGGCAGAAAUGGCACGAGAAGCUGCUGUGAGAGAUCAGUGCAUCCAGGCUGGACUGGUGAAGGCUCUCGUUCCUCAUCUGAGCAGCAGCGACCAGGAAAUGCUGCUGAACACUGGCAGGGCCAUCGGCCGCAUCUGCUUCGACAACACACAUCAACAGGACCAGUUAGUCCAGAGUGGCGUAAUUCCCAGAUUAGUGUCCAUAAUGAAGGAAUACCCUGAUAACGACCCCCUCGUCAACGUCUGCCUGCUGGCUCUCUGUAACCUGGCUGAUUUAGACAGUGCACGGCAGGCCCUGGUGGAUCAGGAUGUGGCUGAUACACUGAUCUUUCAGCUAAAACGGGCUCCUGAUGCAGAGCGGCGGCAUGUCAUCUUGGAAAUACUGGGCUCACUGGGUGAAAGUGAUGCACUAAAGCUGCAGUUUACAGAGUCGGGCGUACCAGAGGCUUUAUCGCUGAUGAUUCGAGAUCUACAAGGACAGUCUGACCCCCAUGACCUCUGUAGCAUAAAGAUCGCCUCCAACCUGAUAGUGUCGUUGCUUUUAGGAGAUGAAUCUAUGCAGAAAUGUUUUGGAGAAGGAUCAGGCGUGGUCUACCAGGACAUUCUGGCCUGGCUGCAGAGCUCUAACACGCAGCUCCAACUCUCAGGAGCCCUUGCUAUUGCCAACUUUGCCAGAAAUGACAGUAACUGCGUGAAGAUGCUGGACCUCGGUGUGGUUCCACACAUCCUGACUUUGCUGGAGAAGCACGUAGAUGAGGGGGACGUCUCUGUUCAACAUGCCGGGCUCAGCGCACUGAGGAACCUGGCCAUUCCCGCAACCAACAAAGUGAGGAUGCUGGAGGACGGAGUGACUGAGAGGAUAAAGGCUCUGCUGCGUACGGACAUGCCCCCGGUUCAGUUCAAACUGCUGGGAACGCUACGCAUGAUGGUGGACGGGCAAGAAGGGGCAGCCUUAAAGCUGGGCAGAGAUGCGGUGCUGCUGGCACGGAUCAUGGAGUGGUGUGAAGCCAAGGACCACGCAGGUGUCCGAGGAGAAGCCAGUCGCCUGUUGGCCGCCCUGAUCAGGCACAGCCGCAGCCCUGAAGUUGUCCGUGCUGUGGCUGGGGCAGAUGGGGUCAGACACCUUAUCGCUAUGGCAACAAGCGAGCAUGUCAUCAUGCAGAACGAAGCCCUGGUUGCUCUUGCCAUAGCAUCUGCUAUUGACAUUGGUAAAGCUAUUUCAGAGUUUAUAUAA